CGCGCGGACCUGGUGUGCGGCAGGAACAGGCCCCGGGGGGUAUUUCCGGAUUCGGUUGGUGGAGCUGUCGGUGUCGGUGAAACAAAGCCCCGCGAGAUGGAGACCCCGCGACCCCGGGAAGAUCUGCAGGUGGAGAAUCCCUUUGAGGCCGGGGCGGCUGUCGGGCAGGACCGGGAGACGGGCACUGAUUUAUCGUCCGGACGGGGCCCUCUCUCAGCCAAAGAGAUGCGCGAUCGGCAGAAGGAAGAGGCGAUGAACGCUUCGUUGAAGAGCAUGUUCCACUCGGUGGCCAGCAGUUCGGUGCCGGUGAAAAGCCAACAGAUGGACGAACCCGACCUGGAUUACGAGCAGAAGUUGGACAUUAUUGAGGAGCUUUUCUGGGGCAAGCCGGUCAUCUUCCUGGAACGUUUCCACAAACUCCUCCGGGAGGAACACCUCUCCUGCUUCGACCACCUGCCCCGAGACUACACCGUCACCUUCUACUGCGACUCCGUUCGCAAGUGUUCGGUGAAGAAAACCGCCCGAGCCAACGUUCGGAACAAGAGGUACGCUGCCCUCCAGCAGCUGAUUAAAGACGGGGAGUAUUUCAGUGAUGAGCAGAUGAGGAAUCGGGACCCGUUGCUUUAUGAGCAUUACAUCGGGCAGCACAUGACAGAGGAUGAGUACGUGGCUCAGAGAAGCAAGACCCCUGGGGACGCCAUGUCUCUGUCUGAGCUCCUGAUGGACACGUACCAGGAGAGAAUGGUUCAGCAGCGGCUACAGCAGCAGCAGGAGCAGGAGGACGCCUGUGUGGAGGAAGAGGAGGAGGAUGAAGAGGAAGACGAGGAGUCAGUAUCACGGGCUGAAGACUGGAUGCCCAGUGCAGACGAGAAGACUUUGCUGAGGGAGGAGUUUGUCAGCCAAAUGCACCAGCGUUUCCUGGACGGUGAGGAAAGAGACUUUGAUUACAGUGCUGUUGAUGAGAAUCCAGAGUUCGACAACCUUGAGAUCGUGAGCCGGGAUGAGGAGGACAAAUACUUUGAUGAGGAGGAGCCGGUGGACGCAGACAGCAUGGAAACGGAGUCAGAUAAGGAAUGAGCAGCCUCGGAAUUUCCUGGGAAAAAAAUAGUCAGCUUACAUAUGUAUUUAGAAAGGACUUUUUUUUUGGUGGGGUGAUCAGUCGGGUGUCUGAAACAAAAGGAAACCCCAUCACCAAGAGUCUCCAACCCCAACUGAGAAUUCCCCACGUACCACCUACACCUGGAAACUCCCGAGAUAGAUUGUCGGAAUGGAAUGCUCUCUCUCUCUCUCCCUGGAGGGGCGUCCCUGUUUACCUAUUUCCGGAAAGCAUUGGGCGCAGUUUGGCGAGAGCCAAGGCUUGGGAUGGGGGGGAACCCAGAGUCUGCAUUGGGCAUAACUGCUAGAGUCUAACCAGCUAAACCACACGCAACUUGGCCAUCGAGAGAGAGAGAGAGAGAGAGUGCUGUCUGGCCAAGCUUUCCCGCUGCUUGUCCAGCUGGGACCACCUUACAAAGUUAGGGCUUUGGAUUGUUUUAAGAAGGAUGGAGGGUUGUGCAAGACCGAAACCUUAAGGUUUGUUUUAUUACUUUACAUUAUGUUUGUGUUGAGUUGAUUUACUUCUCAUUAUGUCUCUUCACAUUAUGUCCAUCCCACAGUCCCUCCACCUCACUCCCUCACUCGCCUCCUUCGGCCAGUCUCAAGACCCUCCUCUUCGACCAACCACACCUUUGGUCACCCUCCUCCCCCCACCGUCCACCCCCUCCUGAUUCCAACCCUCAGCUCGGGUCUAAAUCCUUGAAUGUCUAGCGCUUUCGGACGUCCUCCCGAUGUGAAAGGAGCCGUGUAAAUAAAAUGUGUUGAUUUGUUGUUGUUAACAUUGAAUUGAUGUUGUGUUACAUCAAGUUGAGUUGCCUUCCUUGCCCCAAAGCCAGAUCAAUUUGUCUCUUCUCUGAGUGUAGUGUCUUGUCUGAGUUCAAAGUCUUGCAGGGAAUUCAUAGAAUCAUAGAAUGUUAGGGCAC